ACUUUGUUAGUAAACAAAGCAAAAGGAUGGUGAAAGCUGAGCUUGUGUUGAUCCCUUCAUUGGGCGUCGGCCACGUUGUAACGAUGGUGGAGAUGGCAAAGCUCCUGGUCCAGCGCGACCACCGCCUCUCCAUCACCGUCCUCGUCAUGCAGCUCUCCUUCGACACCAAAGUCCCCCUCUACCUUCAUUCACUCUCUCUCUCUCCACUCAACCCGAACUUCAAAAUCAUUCAAUUCCCAAAAGUCAAUCUUUCCCCUUCGAAAUCAUCUUCUCGUAUAAGCUUAAUGGGUUCGUUCAUCAAAAGCCAUAAACCCCUCGUUAAAGAAGCAGUCACUAAGCUAAUUCAGACUGAGUCAGCCUCAGGUAACUCACCUCGACUCGCCGGCUUCGUUCUCGACAUGUUCUGUGCGGACAUGAUUGAAGUUGCGAAUGAUUUUGGAGUUCCUAGCUAUAUUUUCUACCCCUCGAGUGCAGCUUUUCUUGGUAUGCAGUUACACUUGCAAGUUCUUUGUGAUGAGCAAAACCAUCCCAUCACUGAAUUGAAAGACUCGGUCACUGAGUUGAUUGUCCCGAGUCUCGUUAAGCCGUUUCCUGUUGAGAAUUUGCCUAUAGUGUUGACAGAGAAAGAGUGGACUACUGUUAUGUUUCAACAAGCGAGGGGGUAUAGAGAAGCAAAGGGCAUUAUUGUAAAUACAUUCAAAGAGUUGGAAUCCUAUGCGGUCGAGUCUUUCUCUGAUGGUAAGUUGACCAACACCCCACCUGUGUAUACACCAGGAUCCAUUUUGAAUUUAGACGGUGAUAAGAUUGAUCGAGGAUCAGGUGGGUCCAUCUCAAUAACAGAGAUCAAGGAGUGGCUUGAUGAUCAACCGCCAUCAUCGGUUGUGUUUCUUUGCUUCGGAAGCAUGGGAAGCUUCGGUGGGGAUCAGGUGAAAGAAAUCGCUAGUGCGCUUGAACAUAGCGAGCAUCGGUUUUUGUGGUCCCUACGUCAACCUCCACCAGAGGGUCAAGUUGGUAGCCCUACUGAUUAUGCAAAUCUGACGGAUGUGCUACCUGAAGGAUUCAUUGAUCGGACGAUUAAGAUUGGAAAAGUAAUCGGAUGGGCCCCACAAAUAUCAAUCCUAGCCCACAAGGCGAUCGGAGGGUUCGUAUCACACUGUGGGUGGAAUUCAGUGUUGGAGAGCGUAUGGUUUGGCGUUCCAAUUGCGGCGUGGCCAAUGUACGCUGAGCAACAGUUCAAUGCGUUUGAGAUGGUGAUGGAGCUAGAAUUAGCGGUUGAGAUUAAACUGGAUUAUAAGAAGGAUAUUUCAAGCGACAGUGCAACAAUUGUGAGUGCAAAAGAUAUAGAGAAAGGAAUCAAGAAAUUAAUGGAGGGUGAUAGUAAGGUAAGGAAACGGAUGGCGGAGAUGAGUGCAAAGAGCAGAAAGGCAGUGAUGGAGGGUGGAUCUUCCUUCUCUUCGUUGGUUUGCUUCAUUGAUGAUGUGAUGGACAACAUUGGAUCAAAAGAAGCUAAAGAAUCUUUACCAAAUUGAAGUUAAUGUAUUUGGAAUAUUUAUUUCACUUUAAAGAGUAAUGUAUUAGAACUCCAAUGAUGCUCUAAUGGAUGUUCACAACAAUCAAUUAAUUCAAAAAUUUUGUAAUUUUAUUGGUUCAAUCCUCCUUGACUCUUUAAUCUCAA